AUGGCUUCCCAUCCCGCAUUCGACGAUAGCCGCAUCAAACACCAUCAUGACAAGCUAUUGCUGUCGCGCAUCAACGAGUACUUUGUAGCCUUCGCUACCGGCGACUUCAAUGGAAUGAACGAACUAGAGGCCGAGGAGUUCCAUAUAUCCGACAUCCCUCUUAGCAUUGUCAGGUCACCUAAAGCGGCUUGGUUCGAGCAGAACAAGGGGUUUAGCUCUCUUAUGACGGAUGUUCAAGUCCAAGCCAUUUCUCUCAGCGGCAGUUCUGCGCCCGGCUCAUUCGCGGCCAUGGAGAAUGUGGUGUGGUUCACAUUGGCGAUUGACCCUCCUGAGGAAGCCAAACCCAACCUUCCCCCUGGGAUAAAGAAGGGUGAAAGAGCGGGUAUGAUUAUGAUGUCUGUGAUAUGGUGGAAUCAGCACGGAAAGAUCAUCCGCGAACUCGAGUAUGGCAAGCUGACUUGGCCGGGCUUUGAUAUCAAUGCCUUCCAGAGGUGGUGA